AUGCGAGACGACACUGCGGCCACAUGGAGCGACAUACCGACUUCUGUGCUGCGAGCCGAACUGCUCCGCCGCCAGAGCAAUGACGACCGCCCUGCCUGCGGCACCGCCAGCAACACCAAAGACUACAACAUGCCGCUGCAUGUCUUUGCGCUGUUCCUGAUCCUCGUGCUCAGCACGCUGGCUUGCUCGUUUCCACUCCUUGUUCGAAGGGUCCCGCGCAUGCCUGUGCCUCGCCUGUUCCUCUUCCUCUCAAGGCACUUCGGUACCGGCGUCCUGAUCGCGACCGCUUUUGUGCAUCUCUUACCUACUGCCUUCACCUCCCUGACCGACCCUUGUCUGCCACCCUUCUGGAACCAGGGAUACCCAGCCAUGGCUGGCUUCAUAGCCAUGAUAUCCGUCAUGCUAGUAGUGGGUAUAGAGAUGUUCUUCGCGACGAAAGGUGCCGGUCAUUCCCACUCUAGCGAGUACGUGACCCCUGGAGAACCUGGAGAACAACACGAAGAUAUGACUCCUCUGAGAAGAGGUAGUCGCGACGCCUUCUCCCGCCCAUCACACCGCCGGAGUGACAGUUAUAGGCCCUUCAGUCAAGCCCAGAUAGGCUCUGAGGAAGAUGCUGCUGAGGCCAUGGCUUUGCAAGAUGCUUCGCAAUGGCAAGAGAAUGGAAACUACAACGACACAGAACCCCUGGCGCCGAAAGGUCGUCUCAGUACAGACACGGGGAGUGGUAAUUCGGAUCUUGAUUUGGAUGAGCUGGAUCCGCACAUGGACGGGAAUGGGGAGCUAUCCAAUGGUCAUGCGCAUGCGGUCGAACCAAGUUUGGAACGAACCGGCUCGCCUUCAGACCACCAGCAGCAACAGAAGAUGUUGUUGCAGUGCCUACUCCUUGAGGCAGGCAUCCUAUUCCACAGUGUCUUCAUAGGCAUGGCGGUUUCUGUGGCCACAGGAACCUCCUUCAUCGUCUUGCUUGUAGCCAUCUCAUUCCACCAAACAUUUGAAGGACUAGCGCUCGGGUCCCGUAUUGCGGCCAUCACCAUCUUCCCCAAGCGCUCUCCUCGGCCGUGGUUAAUGGCCCUAGCCUACGGGACGACUACACCUGUGGGACAAGCCAUCGGACUGCUGGUUCACAACCUCUACGACCCGUUCAGUCAGACUGGAUUGCUCAUGGUAGGCAUUAUGAAUGCUAUUAGCAGCGGUUUGCUGUUGUUUGCGGGGUUGGUUGAGUUGCUAGCAGAGGACUUCUUGAGCGAUGAGAGCUACGAGGUUCUCCGGGGCAAGAAACGAUUGCAAGCGUGUGGUGCUGUGGUUGCUGGAGGUCUAUUGAUGGCCCUAGUUGGUGCAUGGGCAUAG